AAAUACAUCAUGGAAGUUAUAACUAAAUUGCACAAAAUUCAGUUACAAACCAAACAUAAUUACAUUUGUCUUCUCAUAUUAUUGGGCUAUGGCAUCCAACAAAAUCACAUUUGCUUCAAUUCUCUUUCUCACAAUUUUCACAUAUUCAAAUGCAAAGCUAGGCCAUCUCAAGGAGACAGAGCUAUCGGUCUACUACCAAGAUUACUCCGGCAGCCAAAACGCCACCGUGAUCGAGAUACCGGGACCAUCGAAUGGGGCCCUAAACUUCUCCAGGUUCGGAGCUAUGUUUUGCACGGACGACCCAAUUACUGUAGGAUUCGAGGAGGGUUCAGCCGUAAUUGCAAGGGGCCGAGGCCUAUACGUGACCUCGGCUCUGGAUGGGUCCAACACCCAUGUGAUGUUGUCAGUUGUUUUUAUUGAUGGAGAGUAUAAAGGUAGCACAAUAGAAUUAUAUGGUUCUGACAAGCAGUUUGAGAAAGUGAGGGAGGUGGCAGUGGUGGGCGGCACGGGGAAAUUCCGGCUAGCGCGUGGCUAUGCUACUUUCGAGACUCUUUACUUUGAUACGGGGCGCAGUCAUGCAAUCAUCCAAUCUAAUAUGACUAUACUACAUUACUAGAUUCUUAAUUAGAAAGGAUUUGUAUUGACUUAUAUUAUUCAAAAGUGUAUCCAAAUAAUAUUUGAAACAGUCCAUCAAUUGUGAAAA